AUGAGUACGACCUCCGAAAUAACGAUCAGAACGGCCGGAGAGUCGGACAAGGAGCCCAUACGGCAGUUUUUUAGAACAUUCUUUUUCAAAGACGAGCCUUUGAACGAUUUCCUGCAACUGAUCACCGAUGAAUCGCCCGUCAACGAGGACCUGGAAAGGUUCGUGUUGCAAUCAUUCGGCAAAGGGCUGGACUUAGUGGCCGAAUAUCAAGGGAGACUCGUGGGGGUGUGCUUGAAUAAUCUAUUCCAAAGAGACGAGCCUGUCGAACCGUUUCGAUGCUCACCUGGGAACAAGUUCCAGAACAUCGUCGACUUGUUGGAGCACGUGGAAGCCACUGUAGAUUAUUUCGGUAAAUACCCCAUCGAAAGGCUCGUUUCAAUAGGAAUUAUAUCCGUUGAUGCGUCAGUAAGAGGCAAAGGGAUCGCCAAGAAGCUCGUGGCUAGGACCAAGGAAAUUUCCAGAGAGCACAAAGCUGAGCUACUUGUGGUGGAGUGCACGAGUUUCUACUCGGCUGCCGCUGCCAAAUCGCUGGGUUUCGAUGAAAUAUUUUCGCUAGACUUUGCCGAUUACAAAAAGAACGGGACACCCGUGUUCAAUCCACCAGCUCCUCACAAAGCCGUUACAGCAUAUGUAACAAAAUUAUAG